AUGUCGGUAUCAGCAGUUGCAUCGCUGAGACCCCUCCGUCGGAGGUGCUGGCAGCAUCCGGCUUCCGGCCUGUUAUCCGUCCAAUUACGGUCACGAACAUCCACGGUCAACUUCUACGCUGUUGUUGGCCUUCGGCCGGACCAGCGUCGAUUCCAAACAAGCAAUUCGUCAAAUAAUCGCCACGAUGGAGAUCUUGAAGCCAGAAAGAACCAGUUGCCCAAGAAAAGUCAACCGACACAACCACAGAUCACAUUCCGCCAAUUCGCUGGUCGUGCUCUUGCUGCUGGCCUACACAGCGUUCCGGCAGAGCCCAGGCGCAACAACACUAGGAAUCUUCAUGUGAGUCCCAGAGCACACCCUUGGCCAUUUCCUUAUGGUAACGAUAUCAGCCUCGGCGUGGUGUCAGUCAUUGGCGCAUACACCGUCUACCUCUACUUCAACUACUUCUACCACUACCAAUUCACAAGAUACCCAAAGCCCAUCGCAAACUCUUUACGACGAGCUCUAUACUAUACCAACAUCAGUCCCGAUUCCGAACUGGCUCUCAAGUAUUACAAGCGCGCCAUGGAUCAAUGCGCAGAGCAUGGCCUAGAUCCCUACUCUGACGAAGUUCUUGGUAUUCGUAUCCAGACUUCACACUGGCUGCAGAAGAUCGGAAAUUACAGCGGCUGCUUGCAGGUUCUUGAGGGUAUCCUUGCCGAUUGUAACAGGUGGAUUCGGGUUAUGGAGCAGUCCGUCAAGGAAGGCAAAGUCAACGAUGACGGCAGACUUGUCAAGCCUGCAUCCGAGACGCCUGAGGCCUCUUCGACCCACGUUGCGAACGAUACCACUUCUCCCAAUGAGCAAGAAGCGACUGACGGGGAGUUCGUACCCGAAAGCUUAUGGCAUAAGAGGCAACGUCUUCUUACUAAGACUGUUGGGAUUGCUAUCAAACUUGGAGAGCUAUACGCCGACGAACACGUUCUUGACCCUGACAACUCUCAGAAGCACCUCAUUUGGGCUGUUGAAACCGCUUUAAAAGAAUUCCGUCGCCGCAAGGAGGAGGGUAUCAAGCCUGGAGAGGGUGACUGGCUAAGCCCAGAACAAAUGGGUGGCGCUAUGGAAUCUUUGGGUCGUGACUAUGAGCGCAAGAACCAGUUCCAUCUCGCGAUCCCUCUUUUCUUCCAAGCUCUUCGUCUUUGCGAAACGCCCUGCCACCGCCCCAUCAUUAUGAACAACCUCGCUGUCAGUUUCGCCCAACAUCCCAUAUUUGUUCCGCCUACCAGCGAGCCCUCCGAGAUGAUUAAGGAGCUGCAUGACCCUGCCAUGCCCGCCACUCGAAAAGAGUGCUUAGAAGCUGCGCAGAACUGGGCCAAGAACGCUUAUAAGCAUGCAAAGGAUGUUAGUGGCGACGAGCGUACAGACGAAUGCGACGAGGCUUGCGCUGUUGCUCUGUGUAACUGGGGCGAUGUCGCAGCCAUGUUGGGCAACAAUGACUUGGCUCGCAAGAAGUACAAGCAGUGUAUAGAAAUGGCGGGCAAGCUUGGCUUUCCACAUGCAGUGAAACAGGCUCAAUCAGGACUUGCUAAGCUGGCCUGA